GGAAUUUCAGGAAGAAAGUUGUAUGUGCUACGUGUCCAAGAAGCUUUCCUCUCCUCCGGUUCCUGCUAUUUAACUUGUCCUCCGGAUCUCGACAGGUUUCAUACUGCACUGAACACUCAACGAUCAAGCUGUGACAUCAUGUCUGAAUCCAAACGGCAGAACACAACGGCUCUCCAAAGGGCAACCAACGUUGUGUACCAGGCACAUCAUGUGAGCAGGAGCAAACGAGGCCAAGUCGUGGGGACCAGAGAUGGCUUUCGGGGGUGUACUGUUUGGCUGACAGGGCUGUCUGGUGCAGGAAAGACUACGCUUGGUUUUGCUCUGGAAGAGUACCUGGUUUCCCAUGGCAUUCCUUGCUAUUCUCUGGAUGGUGACAACAUUCGUCACAGCCUGAAUAAGAACCUGAGUUUUUCCACAGCAGACAGAGAAGAGAACAUCCGCCGUAUUGCAGAGGUGGCUAAGCUGUUUGCUGAUGCCGGCUUGGUUUGCAUCACGAGCUUCAUCUCUCCUUUUGCAAAGGACCGAAACGAAGCAAGGAGGAUCCAUGAGGUUUCGAACCUGAAGUUCUUUGAGGUCUUUGUGAAUGCGCCACUGGAGGUGUGUGAAAGCAGGGAUGUUAAAGGGCUUUAUAAAAAGGCCCGUGCUGGAGAGAUUAAAGGCUUCACUGGGAUUGACUCGGAGUACGAGAAGCCAGAUUCCCCAGAGCUGGCACUAAAAACAGGAGAGCUAUCUGUGAAUGAGUGCAUUCAGCAAGUUGUGAAACUACUUAAAGACCAGGGUAUUGUGCCCGGUGGUCUGACCGAGGAGAUCAAUGAGCUGUUUGUCCCUGAAAACAAGUUGAAUUUGGUAUUAAGUGAUGCCAACAUGUACCCAACUGUAAACAUCACCAAGUUGGACCUUCAGUGGGUUCAAGUGCUGGCUGAAGGGUGGGCUACUCCUCUUAAAGGCUUUAUGAGGGAAAGAGAGUUCCUGCAGGUCCUUCACUUUGGCAGUCUACUUGAUGGUGGCACCAUCAACCUUUCCAUACCAAUAGUUCUGCCAGUGUCCAAGGAAGACAAAGACCGGUUGGAUGGUUGUGCUGCCUUUGCCCUUGAGUAUAAGGGUCGCAAAGUGGCCAUAAUGAGGAACCCUGAGUUUUAUGAGCACCGUAAAGAGGAACGCUGUGCCAGACAGUGGGGAACCACAUGCAUGCAGCACCCUUACAUCAAGAUGGUUAUGGAAGGUGGUGAAUGGUUAGCAGGUGGAGACUUGGAAGUGUUGGAGCGGAUCAAAUGGAAUGACGGCCUAGACCAAUACCGUCUCACCCCGAAAGAACUCAAACAAAAGUUUAAGGAAAUGGGAGCAGAUGCAAUCUUUGCCUUCCAGCUGCGUAACCCCGUUCACAACGGCCAUGCACUCCUGAUGCAGGACACCAGGAGGAGACUGCUUGAGCGUGGCUACAAGAAACCCAUGCUGCUCUUGCACCCUCUGGGUGGCUGGACCAAAGAGGACGAUGUACCGCUGGACUGGCGCAUGAAGCAGCAUGCUGCUGUUCUUGAGGAUGGUGUGCUCGAUCCUGCCAGCACCAUUGUUGCCAUCUUUCCCUCGCCCAUGAUGUAUGCUGGUCCGACAGAGGUACAAUGGCACUGCAGGGCCAGAAUGAUUGCUGGUUCCAACUUUUACAUCGUGGGCCGUGACCCAGCAGGCAUGCCUCAUCCAGAAACUAAAGAGGACCUUUAUGAACCGACACAUGGUAGCAAAGUGCUGACUAUGGCCCCGGGGCUCACUUCUGUCGAAAUCAUUCCAUUCAGAGUUGCUGCUUACAAUAAAGUAAAAAAAGCAAUGGACUUCUAUGACAAAGACAGGCACAUAGAAUUUGAAUUUAUCUCUGGAACCAAAAUGAGGAAACUGGCUCGGAGUGGAGAGAAUCCUCCAGAUGGUUUCAUGGCACCCAAGGCAUGGAAGGUCCUCACUGAGUAUUAUAGCUCCCUCCAAAAAGAUUAAUGUGUAAGGAGAAAAUGCUAGCUUACAAUAAGAAAACUCGAAACACUUAUCUAUUCAGUUUUAUAAAUAAAUUAUAGGGUUUUAGUACAAUCUAUUUAUAUCUUAACUCAAAUGAUUUUGUAUUUCUCCUGUACAAUAUUUAAAACAGAUUAUUUUAGGAUGUUGAGUGAAUUGUUUUUAUUUUGAAAUGUUGAUGAAGAGGUUGUAUAAAGCAAAUUGCAUAUGGCGUGUCUGAACAUUUCAGGUGGUGCUUGAAUACAGGGGAGGUUUUUACCAGUCA